GCGCGUUAAAUGGGUUAUAAUGUGUCUCUUUUUAGUUUUGGUGAUAAUCAGCUUGUUAACGUGGAUUCGAGUUAAUCCAACAUUAAGUAUUUCCAGUGACGAGAAGAACUUUAUUAACGCACUAAACAAUAUAUUAAUACCACGAAGUCUCGAUAGCAAGGGUCAUGCCAAGGUGUGCGAUUUCCUUGAAGAGGAAUUGGAAAAACUCGGAUUUAAAGCAAUUCUCGAUGAAUCUGAUGAACCCUAUCCUCUAGCUAAUGUCAUUGGAAUUACAAAUCCAAGUGCUAAGCGAUUUCUAUUGCUGAGCUGUCAUUACGAUUCGAAGUACUUGGAGUCUACCAAUAUCUUUGUUAGUGCCACCGAUGCAGGUGUUUCCUGUGCCAUUCUCCUAAACAUGGCCAAGACUCUGACUUCUUUACCUGACUUGGACCUUUUCCAACGCGAUGAUAUUGGUUUAGUGCUGGCCUUUUUUGACGCUCAUGAUUCUACAAAUGGCAUGAAUGAUGGUUUCAUACCCUUGUACGGAUCGCGUAACUUUAUACAAAACGAGAUUAUAUCAUUAAAAAGAAUCAAUGCUGUCAUUACUUUGAACUUGAUUGGCGCUCCAAAUCAGAUCUACAUGAGCAAAUACGAGAAAACAUUUAUAUUUCACGAGCACAUGGCAGACGUUGAGAUAAAGCUGAAGGAAUCGGGACAGCUUCACAAAUGCCAUCAGCUGUUCUAUAAGCUAAAGGAUCAUGAUAGUGACUUUGAUGACGAUCAUUAUUCGUUUCUUGAGGCGGGUGUUCCAGUUAUGCAUGUUGUACCACAUACUUAUCCAGAAGUUUGGCACCAAGAAGAGGAUAAUUUUGAGAAUUUGCAUUGGCCGAGUGUUCAUAAUAUGAACGCAAUCAUGACUCGAUUUGUUUACGACUAUUUUCGAUACUAUUUCGAAUAUACCGAUGACAGUGAUUAGAAACUACGUCAAUGGUAAACAUGAAAGUAUCGAUGAUUUUAAAAUUGUGCGAUCGAUAAGGCAUGUUAUAAUUUUAAAAUAAAGUUAAUUAAUUUUUUGUGAA